GAUAUCACUUCUGUCGUGUAGCAUUGUUGCUGAGCCUUCAGUCAGUGUAGGUUAUAUCAAGCUACAGGCUGCAGUCGUUUCGUUUCGCAUUCAUUAUGAAGGGGGCUUUGAUUUUAAUACUCCUGGUCCUGAGUUACUCGCAAAGUGCUUACACUGUCCCAUCCCCAGGCGCAUCACCAAGCGUCGUGAGGGCAUUACUGAGAGGGCCUCCACCUCCAUCUACCCCGUGCAAAACACCAAUGCAGUGGGAGGGUCGUUUCAGCGAAUGGAACCACAAUGCAGCCACUAACAACCGCUACACUAUCAGCUUUGACGGAUUCAAAAAGCGCAAAUGGAUUGAGGAAGAGCAGAAAUCCAUGAGACCUGGAAGGAGGCUGUUCAAGUUUCUGAUACUCUUCGAAGAGCAAAUCACGUACAAGAUCGACCUCACCUACAACCGUUGCAGCAAGAUUCCCACUGAACCAUGGAGAAACUUCAGCAUCCCGCCCUCUGCCCUGUUUGAGGACCAGUACCUGAUAGGAGGACCAGAGGGCAACUUGGAUGUCAGUGAAUGGUCGGAUCGUCAGCCUGCGAGACAUAGGGAGUCGUGGAUCGGUGGUUUCACUGAAAAAGGUUGCUGGCCGGUGUUCGACAUCUUCACGUUUACCAAUGACACCGUGUCUAUUGCCUACACCACCCGCUUUUUCGACCUGCAGCCAGGCAUCAAGAACAUGUCCGUCUUCGACGUACCAGAGCUCUGCAAGAACUUGACGGCCGGUGAUCAUGACAUCCCCAAUGUUCCACCGACUGAGCGCCCGCCAUGGUGGGAGAGAUAUGCCCCCACGUGGCUCAAGAAGAUGUUCGGUGUGCAGAGGGUUGAUAACGUCUCUGUGGUCAACAAUCCUGAGGUCGACACCACCGAGGGUCCUGAGCCCGAAGUACCGAUUGCAGACAAUGAAGCAGAGUCCAAGCUCCCGACCAAUAGGCCCACUAAGAACUACAGCUAUUACCAGAAGUCGCGGUAUUUCGCUGAACAUGCUUGAACGGGUUUUGGGGUAAAUUCCUGUUAAGUCAUAGGCCCCUACUGAUCAACAUGGCGGGAUGAAAAAUAAAGAACCUCAGAAUAGCAGAUUAUUUCCAUAAAGAUUUAACAAGAUUGAUGCAGAUUUAUAAGGUAAUAAAAAGUACUGCCCUGAAAUCAUCGACACGGGAUUAGGUUAAAAUGGCAUUGUGAAUGAAUCAGUUCUGAUUCGGUUCUGAUUAAUCCGAAUGAAAAAAAAAACCACAAAUAUACAAGAUCACAUAGGUAAACGUCUGGGUGGGCAGUAUCUUAAAUUGAAGCAUCGAUCAGUCAAUUUUGAAGCACCUAUUUUUCAGGCUGUUCUGGUGUUCUUCAUCAGUGCAGAUCCUGCAUUCAAGAAGAAACCAGCAGUCGUUAUAACGAUCCUUGGGACGUUUUUCGUAUGUGGCAGCAUUACGCUUCCAUAAUUUCGACUCCCAACGUAAAUUUAAAAUUGAGAUGGGAAUAGGCCCAACGUUCACUAUAUAUUGACGGAGGCCAAUUAUAACCAAAAGUUGACAAUUGUCAUUUAAUGUUAACAUUACACCUCUCUAAACUUAAUGGAUUUUCUUACCUUUAUAGCACUGAAACCAUUUUCCCGGUGAUCCAUAGGCCUAUUGCAAAUUCGUAUUGGAAAGCAUGUGGAUACAGGAGAUUAGAUACCAAGAACUCAGAUUUUGACAAAACAUCUGGAUCCGGAAAACAAAUCAUUUUAAUCAUCGGUUUUAUGUAGGCUAAGCUGUUAUGAUUAAAAUAAUGUGGCUUCAGCAUGAAGAGACGUGAUAGUGGUUCAGUUUUGAAAUGUGGAAAGUUAUUUUGAAAUACUUGCACAAUGAAUUUGCAAGAAUUCCAAAAGAACUUUCCAAAUGUGAUCAACAGUUUCAAAAAUGAUAACAUAUCGGAUAACACGUUUUAAGAAAAAAAACCCCGAACAUAAGCAAAUUC